AUGGCGCUGGCGGACAACCCCCCUGGCGUCCCUCCGUCCGCCGAGGAUGAGGACUCUUACCGCCAGCGCGCGGCUGCACGCCCAGGGGCAUGCAUGGCAGAAGCAUCCGAGCGAGGUGCGACCAGCGGCGACGACGGAGGCGGCAAGUGUGCGGCGAGGUUUGGGCCACGCCCUGGAGCCCAAAACAGCCUCAGAAGCCCGGCCGCGGCUCCGCGGCUCGCUCAGACGACGCUCCCCCAUAUCGGGCGACCAGGGCCUGCUCUGUCGGCGCUCUCUCCCGAGUUACCGCCCCCGUCUGACACGUCCGCGCCGCCGCAUCCGCCGGACUCCCCGGCUGUCUCGCGCGCCUCGUCGCACCCUCUUGACGCGGCGCGGGGUGAGCUGUCUCCCAGGGGGACUUCUGGCCUGCCGCCGUCCGCGCUCUCAGGUGUGGCGGCACACGCCGCGGCGGGUCUUCGAUCGUCGUCUUCUGGACCGUUCGUGGUUUUGUAUUUCGGACGCACGCAGCCGCAGAGCGCGCUCACGCGCCCAACUGACUGGCUGAUGCCUGACGCGGCGUGUCGGCUCUGCUUCGCGUGCGGCGUGGCCUUCUCCGCCUUCACCCGCAGGCACCACUGCCGCCAGUGUGGCCUCGUCUUCUGCCACAGGUGCUGUUCCUUCUGGGGCGACGGCGCGCCGCUCGGCUUCGGGGUCCGGCGUGUGAGACUCUGCAGCGCGUGCGAUUUUCUUGCGCAGGAAGAAGAGCGUGCAGCGAAGGAUGCAAGUCGCCGCCCAACAGACGUGCGCGCUGCGGAGGUGGAGGAAGAAGACGCAGAGGAAGACGACGAGACAGACGAGGUGGAGGAACACGAAGACGAAUGGAGCCUCUGGAAAAGAGAGGGCAACGGGCACGUCGCCGCGGAACUGAGGGGCGGUAGAGAGGGACAGGGAACAAGAAACCGUGAAGUGAGGACGGCACCGCGUGACGCCAGUCUGAGCCUUGAAGCUUCGACAUGCGCGGCAGCGAGCAUCGAGCGGGUUGCGGCACGUCGGCAGGUGCGCCGAUCGUCGCCCGAGCCCGCCUGCACGGCGCGACCGGCGUCUUCGGGCCGCCCCUUCCUCUCGCAGGACUGUCCUGUUCCCUCAGUCCUCUGUUCGUCGGGCGAGGCAGCCUGGCGCCACCUGCGCGCCUCGGUGUAUCUGAACUGCCGGCUGGUUGGUCUCUCGCCUCUACACGCCCGCAUUCUUUUUGACCUCACUCUCUCAGUCAUUUCCACGCUUUGCCUGCCAACGGGGCCACGUGCCUCGCCUUGUGACGCUGCGGCCGCGUCGGCGGGUUCCGCGUCGCUUUCCUCGUCUUCGCCGCCAUCAGUCUUUGACUACGUCAAGAUCAAGCGGCUGCCAGGCCUCUCGAUCGCCGAUUCAUUCUUCGUGAAUGGCGUUGUGUUUCCUCUCCACCUUCACUGCAAAGAGCAGACAAAUCUCCUUCUUCAUCGCCCCCGCCUCCUGCUCCUGUCUUCAUUCCUGGGUCUGCCGCGGCGGGAAGGCCCGCCAUGCUCAACGCCGCCGGUGGGCUCUCCCGUACCGCCGUAUAGCCCGCCAUUUCCAGCGUCUGCCUCCGCCGCGGCGUCAGCGUCGCGCUCUGCCUGGGACGCAUCUUCGUCGCCGCCGUCGCCUUUCCACGGCUCCGCUUCGGCGAACUUCCACGGCCUGCAGCCUUCGUCACCUGCGUCCCUUACGCCCUCGGACCGGGCGCGGGCGACUGCAGGGGCCCUCGGAGGCUCCGCGAAGUGUGGGGCGGGGGCUCCACAUCACGUCGCGCCGGCUGCGUGCGGGGCCUCCUACAUUCGCAUGCAGAUUGUGAGUGACCAGGAAGAGACCUACACGUCAAUUUUGAUUCAGAAAAUAUUGGCGCUUCGUCCGGCGCUCAUCCUCACCAGCGAAGGCGCCUCGAAGCUCGUGCAGACCCAGCUGAGGGCCCUAGGGAUCUGCGUGCUGCUGCAUGUGCCGCGGCGCACGCUCCGCAGAGUCAGCCGAUGCACGGGCGCGCCCAUUCUCCCCUCUCUAGACCGCGCAGCGGCGUUGGCGGUCGCUCUCAGGGACGAAGAGGAGGUGAGGAGUCGGCAGGCAGAGGCAGCGAAGCCAAACGGGGAAUCCGCGCGCGGCGGCGCUCGCACCUCCACUGUGGGACGGCUGGAGGAGACACGAGCUGGCGUGCCCUGGGGCACAUGUGGGGUGUGUCAAAUCUGCCGGCCCCCGCCACUGUGCGCCGCGAGGCCUUCGCUUGUCUUCGUCGCCAGGUGUCCCGCCCGGACGGGGGCCACGAUAUGUCUCCGCGGUCGCGCCACUGUCGCGCUCGGCGCCGACGCGGGCGAAGGUCGCUGCAUGCUCGGCGACUCACCUGAUGUUCGCUUGGCGUGGGGGGAGUCAGCCCCGCAGGGGCGGGCGGCCGGCGAUCUCGGAGACAGCACACGUGGCCGCGUCUGUGGCGGAGAAUGCGGAGGCGGGAACGAACUCCCGGACUCCCGACCAGCUGCCGACGAGCUGUUUCUUGCGAAGCGCGUCCUCCAGAGGGCUCUUGUACAGGCUUUUUCGCUUCGCCAGGAGCUGGCCUUCGUGGCGGCGUGCUGCGGAGAGGGCGGAGACCGUGGCACGUUUGAGCUCACUGCAGACGGUGAUUUGAGGCCUCGGCGCAGGCGCCGAGCCCCCAGAGAGGGACUCAGAGAUGCCCAAGGCGGACGCAACCGCUGCACACGGAGGGACCUUGGAGAACGCGCCCGCUGUAGAGAGUGCAGGCAGGAGGGCACCCGCGACGAUAAGAGGCGGCAUUGUUGGUGCGGGCUAACGCGACGGCCUGCGGGGGCCAGCGCUGCUUGGGGGCUCCACGAGGGGGGUCGGGAGAGCCGAAGCGAUGGUCCUUACGGGUGCAGCGCUCCACUGAGGGAGCAGCUUGAAACGCAGCAGCACACACAGGUGACAGGAGAUGCGCAUAGACGUUUCACUUGUGAAUCUUGCGCCCGCCAGUCGCCCCCGCGGCUCGCCCCCGCUCCUCGACGCGAGUCCACAGCAGGACUGUCGGGAGUAUCCGAAAACGGCUUUAGCCAGUCGCAGCAGGAGGAUGUCCGCAGGCGCUCAGCGCUCUUCCACAUGCGAGAAGACUCUCGGCUCCCCGCCGGUUCAUUCCCCUUCCUCCUCUCGCCAUCGCCCCCUACGUCUGCGUUUCUGUCUCUGUGUGUCCUUCUUGACCGCUUCCUUCACACGCCCCUCUUUGACUGGAUCCGCGUGUCGUUCUCGUCGCCUUUCCACCGCCCGUCUUCGCUUCGCCUACUGACCCACAUCGUGAGUCCCCCCGAUCUUGUUUUCUCUCCAGCGCGGUCGGCACGUGACUGGGGCCUCUGUGCAAAGACGGCCAGGCGCUGGCGCGCCGCGCCCUUGACCGUCUCGCCGCAUCGAACGUGGACGCCCAGCGCUGCUUCCGAGCCUCCCGCGCUCAGACCCGAGCUCGUCUCGACCUGCGACCGCCACGGGCUACCCGUCUGGCAUGCGCUUGGGAGCGACCUUCAAGCCUGCGGCGAGUCCUCGCGCGAACAGCAGCCCUGUGGCGCCAUUCUGCAGGCGUGCCUGAGUUCCCUUUUUCAGGGGCCGGCGUGGAGUCCCGCCGAGGCCUGCGCCGAGCAGAGACCGGUGCGCUGCGACCAACUGAGAGGCCCCUCGCCCUCGCGAGGCCGUCGCCGGGCGUGGCGCUCUAUCCGCGGCGUGCUGGACACCCUGGGCACUCUGUACGCAGCGCUGCGCUUCGAGGAGAAGACACUCCAACCAACGGCGGCGCCCCGCAUUCUCAGAAGUCCUGCGUCGCUUGCUGCAUCGUUGACGGCCUCACCCACGCAUUCGGCGGUCGUCCCUCAGGAUGCCGGCUCUCCAGCCGCUUGUGCCUGUCGCUACCCAGCCGGUCGUCUGCUCAGUACCAGGGCGCCUGACGCUGUACUGCUGGAGGCCGCUGCCGCGGGGCAGGUUGCGGCGCCUCUAGGCCGUUCGGCCGCGCUGUCUGCACGCUCGUUUGACUCGUGGGCGUCGGCGUCUGACACCCGCGCCCUGUUGGAGUCUGCCGCGGCGUGUCUGAUGGCGCUCGGGACCGCGCCGUGGGACGCGCAGACAGAUCGGGAUUUGCCGUUGGCGCUGCUGUUCGCGGCGAGCCUUCGCGUGCGUCUGCAGCGGCUGUGGGGGCCGCGGCUGCUGUCCCUCUUCCAACCCAAAAACGCCAAACUAUCGCUGCUGUCCAGCUGGAGCUGCGCGAAGCAGCAGUGUGCGGCGCAUCCUCAGCGCCACGAGCUGCUCCUGCUUCAGCAGCUGCCUCGCGCGCGGUCACCGCCCUCGCGCGUCCUCUGGGAAGAUAACCUUGAAGGCCCUGGUCGUGGGAGCAAAGAGGAAGGCAGAGACAACGCGGCACGCGGAAGCGCCAGUCUGUCGGCGAGUAGAGAUGCAGAGCACAACUGCAGCUCGGACUGUCACGGUGAGCCGCGAGCGAGAGGCCCCGAAGAAACUGAGGGCUCGAUGAAAGCGGCUGAGAACGCGGACUCGUUGCGCAGCGGCGCCGACGAGAGCGAACGGCGGUGCCACCAGACUGCGGGCAGAGACGUGCAGAUGGGAGCUGCAAAUCGCCGCGGCAACACGGUCUCGGAUGAACUUCGGUUCUGGUUGUCGUCGCUCUGGGCGAGGCGCCCGACAGCGUACGUCGACUGCAGAGAUAGCGCGAGAGAUGCGGACAGGGGUUGCAGCGCAUACGAGCGCCUGCCGUCUUUGCGAGACGUGAUUCUGAAGCGAUGCUCAGAGGCUGCCGCGCUGAUGCACCAGAAAAAGUGCCCCGCUGGAAGCGCGAGAUGCAAGCGGCCUCUUGUUCAACAUUCGCUGCGCAUGCAGAGCCUGGACAGCCGCGUCAUCGUGCGCUUCUCGCAGUUCUCGCCUUCUGAGCACUGGGGCCCGCCGGGUUCGCCGUCGUCGUCCCCUUCGUCGCCCGCGUCCUCGCCGUCAGGCAUUUCUGUCGACAGCGGCUCGGUUGGCCUCCCGGCUGCAGCCCGCGACGACGCUGCAGACUCUGAGGAUUCGUCUCGCUCAUCUGAAGAGCCUGCAUCUGAGCCUCCCUCCGACGCGUCACCUCCACACUUCUCUCCAGCGGAGUCGUUUUCGGAAUCGCCCUUCGCGCUCGCGCCUAUCAGACUGCGCACGCGCGGCAUCGAAUUCUGCAGGGCCCCUGGCGCGGUGACUGCCUCAGUCGAAUUGGCGCCUGCCUCGCCGGCUGCGUCGGCGAGCGUAGGAUCAGCCGCUCCCUCCCCCACCCUCAGCUCGUCGCCAGCCACAUCUGUGUCUUGCUCGUCUUCGUCUCCGAGUUUUUCUUCCUUGCCUGCUCUCGCUGGCGCGGCCUCAGACGCCUCAGCCUGCGGGAUCGAUUGCCGGUCGGAGCGAGAUGCCGCCGCCACGUCGACAGCUGACAGCCAGCGAAGCGGAGGCAAGAGUUGGUUCUCUGCGCUCCGGCGCUCGCUUGGUCUCUCCGCUGGCGGGAUGGGGGCGGCGCCGGCGCAGGAUUCGCCAGCGCCUGAGGGGAUAAAAGCGAAUCAGGAAGACCGCGAAAGAGACACAGAAGACCGAGGGCUGUGGCGGUCCUUGGGUACAGGCACAGGAGUGCCGUCGCCGCGCGGCUCACUUGGCCGUCGCGACGCGGACGACGGAGGCGUUCAUGAAGUUUCAGCUGGCCUAGACCGUGGCGAUAGUGAGACACUGGAACAACCUGAAUACCCCGGCAGUGCACUGCCAUCCGCCGGCAGCAGAGCUCCAGGGACCGGUGACCGGCAUUGUCGCCUAAACCCCACGCUUGCGAAGCACCACGCGCGGCCGUCGUCUCCGGCUGCGUCAGCGUCCGACUCAGACGCGGCGGCUUUGAUGUCCUCUCCGGUCGGCAGCCCGCGCGCUCACGCAGUGUCGCCAACUCCGGGGCACUCGGGGAGGCCUCUGCCGGCCCGAGACAGGACUACAGCGGCUGUGGGGGAGUCUGCAGCAGGGCUGCACGACGAGGGGCGCGGCAAAGGGGUCGGCAGCGGCAGGCCUGAGAGGCAGGCGUGCGGGAGGCAUCGGGUGCCGGAGCCGUUGUCGUCGCCAGACUGCCAAAAGGGCAUUUUCUUUUGGCAGGCGUGCAGCGCCUGUCGAGGGCGCGUGACCCCCUACAAACGCCUAGGUGAAGAGGGCAAUAUCGCGUUCGCAAAGUUCAUCGAGCUGCUUCUCGCGAACGACAGUUACAGAGGCGACGGCUCCUGUAUGUCCGCGCUGCUCGCCGUAGCCCCGUGCGACGAGGCCGAGGCGAACUCUCGUGUAGGGGAAACUGGCAUGCCGCGACGCGACGGUUCAGCUCCGGGCGGAUGUGAGGCACGUUUGGGGAUAGCCGAGGCGAAUAGAGCUACCCGCAGCGGGCAGGAGUUUCUGCGAGCCGCGAGCGGGGAUGACGGAACCGGCGCAAGCAGCGCAGCGACGGCCAGCGCGAGCGACAGCGAGGGCGGCAGACGCAGAGAGCUGCCGCCGGCGUGGCGGUCCCUAGCACGGGGUGCCGUAAGAAGUCGCAGUGAGGCUGAAGAACGGGAUGAGGCCACGCCGACGACGGACGUGGACUGUGAGAAACAAGCCGGCGCCGCAGAACACCGAACGCCCUUAACGGAUAGGCGUGGCACCGGAGGCAUGCGCCGAGGCAACCCCGUGCGAGACAGCGCAGCAGCAAGUCGCCACUCAUGGGGUAGCGACACUGACAAGGCAGGAACAUCAGGCAGCGCUGGCGUGGAGCUGCACAUGCGCUUGUGCCGCGCCGAGGUGGAGCGAGCCCAGGAUGAAACUGGGGGGGCCGCUGCGAGGCGUCAGGACUUGCAAUUUUCAGACGGCCACGCGUCCACGUUUCCGAAUGGCUGGCGAGGCCGAAAAGGCAAGCCCCGCUGCGCUCACCUUCUGUUCCGGCAUCGAACCUUCUAUUUCGCCUUCGCAGGCGUGGUCAUGUCUUUCUCUCACGAGCCGGUGACUACCUACUCGCUGCGGCGUCAGCAGCACGACAGGCUCGCCAGCUUGGAAAAUCCUCUGGCCGCGCUCUCGCAUUCGUCCAGCACACGCCGUAGAGCCAGUGAAAGCAGCGGUCGCCAGGCUGGCAGGCCUCUGUCGCAGGGCGCCAAGGAGACGAAGCAAGAGACCGCGACUGCACCGACAGACAGGGCACACAUUAACCCCGAAGGUGAACGACGAGACACACAGCCCUCAAAAAGCAGCCCAGUGAAGACAAGAGGAGACGAGGAACCCGAAUGCGAGGCGGCGAACGACGGCGAAAGCCCGCCACUGAGCGCACACACUUAUGAGAGUCUUCCGCUCACCCCACGAGCGUCACGCCGACAACUGACGCCGUCGGGAUCGCAUGCGUCGUCGUCAGGGUCGUCUUCUGGACCCUUACCGCAAGAUGUAUCUUCGUCAACUCUUGCGGUCAUCGACCUCCUCCUGUGUGGCACCCUCCUGCCGCUGGCGAGCGCCGCAUGCGUCAGUGCCGCCUUCACGACGGCGACGCGAUUUUCGGGUUCCUCGCAUUCGCUUCCUCAGUCAGCAGCGGAUGCGACGUCGGCUCCGCCGCCGGCUGGCGAACGAGACAGGCGAUCCCGUCUGUUCCCGUUGCCGCAUCACCUUCUUCACUUGCGCUUGUCGUUCGGCGGGGGCCUCGGGUCCAGCCGUCCACCGAGCACACAUGGCUCUGACGGCAGCCGGUGCCAGGCUAAAUCCCUUUCCUUCGGAGAGCCUGCGCUCUCCGGCCCCUCGCGGCCGAAUCCGCCUUUCCAGUUUCAGGCCCCUGGGCUGCCCCUGCUCCUCGAUUUCUCUCAGACCCUUGACGCGGCGUUUUCGCGCCCGUGGCCUGCAUGCGACUGGAGGACCCCGGCAGAGGCUGACGGCGGAAAAGCCUUUCUGAGGGCGCUGCCGGCAUGCGCAGCGCCUACGGCCGCGUUCGGGGCAGGCGGCGGCGACUCGCGGUCGCCCGCGCCCGGUGUCUGGGCGGACGAUUCUGGGGCUGGGUCGGCGCACGCACUCACCCUUGGACGGGGCCUCCAGGAAAGCGUUGCGGAAAAGAAACGGGCUUUUGUGAAGCUCUCGAACGCGCUCUCAAACACACUGCUUCAGCUCGCCAGCGACGCGUCCGAGCGAGGAGGCUUCAGCGGCGGAGAGAUCACCCCGAUGGAGUUCUUGCUGCACCAGGCUCGACUUGUUGUACAGUGGAGUGCACGGGCACUCGCAGGCGACUGGUCCGCGCGGCGGACAGAAAACUCUCAGGAAACCUCAGGCACGCAACUGACCGGCCGAGAGCGGGUGGCUGGCGGCGAAAUGGCCCCCGAGCGCGCGGCGUCGUCGAGGCCUCUCGGGCCGCCAGUCUUCGUAGAGGCCUGCGUCGCGUUUCUGACGCAUCUGGCGUUUCUGUUCUGUCCGCUGUUGUCUCUCUGCGAGCACUACGCUUUCGGCUUAUUCCUCCUCGCUGCGACGGGAGCCGCCUGCCGCCGGCAGGCCGUGACCAGCGAGGACAGGGCCCCGUCUGGCGUUCCGCCCACACGUCACGUGCAGCAGGCACUGAUUGGCUGCCUGCCAACGAGCUCGGCUGUCGCUUCCUCUCUCGAAGAAACAACGCAGUCGUCGAGCUCCCGUCCCUCUUCAAGCGUGCCUCCCCCCCUUCCACUUCCCGUUCUCACGGCCGCCACACCAGACGCAUGCAGCAGCUGUGCGCGAGAACCUGACGCCUCUCCGUCUGCCGGUUCGUCUGCGUUCUCAUCGGCCCGUUCUUUGUCAUCUUCCUCCUCCUCCGCUUCGCUGGUUUCCUGGUCGUCGUGUUCGUCCGCUGCUGCCGAGCGCCUCGAGUGCACCCCCCGUUCGUCCUCUGCGCCUCUGCGGCUGUUUCCGCCAGGGAGCAGCUGUGCCGCUGCACUGCGAGCGGCGCAGCGGCUCGUAUGUCUCAGCCGGAGGGCAGCAGUGCUCUAUCGGCUUUUCGCGAGGCUCGCGGUCACUCUCCUUCUCGUGGCCUAUUGCGCCUCGGCGUCGUCGCUCGCGCCCUUGCCGCCAUUGUCCUUCGGUGCACCGCCCCCGUUCGGGCCUGCGGAGCGAAGCGCCGGAGCCGCCGAAGAGGAGGGCUGCAGCGCAAGCAGCCCGUCAGGUGAGAGCGAGGGCGACGAGCCUCAGCGGAAACGGCAAGGCCUAAGGAGGGCUGAGCAAGCGACAAGCCCGCGGCUAGGAAGGGACGGAGGUAGCGAUGAUAGGGCGCGUCGACCAGGCUGUCAAACUCGAGACAAAAGCCUGUGUGAACAGGAACAGACGCCUGGCUGGAUGCCGCAACUAUGCGCCUCGCCUCUGCCGCAACUGCUGCUGCACCGGGAAGCGUGGGAUAUUCUCAGGCGAGAUUUGUGCGCCGCGUACUGCGUCCUCGUGACAGACUUGUCGUCGCUUUUGUCGGCAGCCCGAGGCACUCACAGCAGUCUUUCGAAGGACGCACCUGGGACUUCAAAGCGCUCGCAUUCGUCGGAGUGGCGCGACGCGGGCGGCAGCGAUGCCAGCAAGUCCAUGAGCAGGCUGGAAGAGCGAGACGAUGUCAGAAGCUCGCAGGACGAAGCUGCGGAAUGUCACGCACCGCGUUUGGCAGCGGGGGUCGUCUCGCAUCCCUCGCGCACGGCCUCGUUGCCUCGGCUGCCGUCCUGCCCUUCCCUGUCUCAUUCCGCAUCGAACGCGGCCUUCGGAGGCCUCUCAGCCAGCGUGUGUCAAGCGUGGUAUUCAAAGGACAGCGAAUACAACGAUGCGUUGGGCCGGCGUUUGAUUUCUGAGGCGGCGGACUGUGACUUACGCGACCGGUGGCGUGGGAAAGGCUCAGCGUACUCGGUUCUGAUAGGCCAUGAAGGGCUGCCGCUAUAUGCCGCGUCUGCUGCGCCGCCCGGCCUUGAGUCACUGUUCGUGGACUGUUGGCACACGGAGUGCGGUGAUGAGGCCGCGUCCACACAGAAAGAGGCAGGCGUGAGAGACGAAGAUGAAAUAAGCGUGAACUGCGCCCCUCGAGGCCACCAGCAGCCUCCGGGCGACGCUGGUGGUCGCGACCGAGAGGCGGCAAUAGUCAAGGAUAGGCAGCUGGCGCCGCACAACGCCGCGUACUCAGGGCGUUCGUCGCCGAGUCUGAUCAGGCGCUCCAAGUGGACGGAGAGGGCCUCAGGCUCAUGGGACGCGAGAGGAAAUAUGGGUCACAGGGGAGACAAGCCCCGUGACCUGCUUCAGACUCCGCAUGCAAGCCCCACGAUUACGGCAGAGCCCCGCGAGGCAAAGGCCGGCCUACCGUUUCUGGCAAGCGCCCUUUCUCCUCUCUUCAACCUCGUUGUGACACCUCCUGUGCUGCCGGCCGCUGCGCCAGCUUAUCCGCUGCGUGGGUCGCUGAUCUCUCUCGCCGCGUCGUCUCCGCUGCACGCCGCCGAAUGCUCGCCGGCGCGCGCCGCCCCGCCCGACCUCCUGCGAAGCCAGCCAAGCGGAGACAAGCUCGUGCCGCUCGCCCCACUGCCUCCGCUAGCUGUGGCGUCUCCGGGUGCCUUGUUUUGUGCUGCCACAUCCUCUGCGAUGCAUGCGGCUGCUCACGUUCCAACGCGAACGUCUGGGCACGCAGUGGCAGCGGGACGCACCCCUCGAUUCAGCGAGAGUUGCAGUGCCGGCCUGUCACCGGCGUCUCCGCCUGCAGAGUUCCUCUCUCCUGGCGUUGUGUCGCCGCGAGUCCCUGCGCGGUCUUGUCGCUCGCCUCGGGCGCUUUGUCCCGCCGGCGCGGGGCCAGUUGCGUCUGCUUCUGCCGAGGCGCCGUCGCCUGGCGAGAGGGCCGCCGGUCCAGAGGGUACCCGGAAGCACAGUCCGCAUCCGAUAGAUGAGCUGUCGCAGUCGCAUGGCGAACGUGAAGCGAUGAUGAUCGCAGACGCGCCGUGGGAAUGCUUCAAACAGGCGACCAGCGGGGACCGUAGCCAGGACGUUGCCGCACAGAGGGAAUGUUUAGCGAGGGUGGAUGUGAGCGGAAACGCCGCGCUUCUGCCGCGGCAUGGUUUCUCGCUGCCGCGCGCCACUGCAGCUGUAGGCAGCAGCAUUCCUGCACAGAGUGCGACGACGGGUUCGACUUCGUUCGCUGCUGUCUCGCGUGGAGACCUGGUUCUUCUGAGGAGACCCAUUAGCGUCGAGGCGAGCCUAGAGCAGUGCUGGCGCAGAAGCGUUCAUGGACCGUCUCUCGGUGCAGGCUCGUCGUGCGCCCCUGCCGCCCCGUGGUCCGCCAGCGGGUCUCGCUGCGUCUCCCCUAUGCGGAGACCCACGCGGGCGUCUUCGGCGUCCCCGGCUAGUAGACGGAGGGGAUUAGAUACGCGACCAGACGCGCGCCAUCCAGGCCUCUUUUUGCCUCCCUCACAUGCCGAAGCGCUGCGACAUCCGUUAUCGACAGUCCCACACGUGACGCCCCCGAGUUCGUUUUCACUGUUUCCUUUCGACGGCGCUUCGGGUUACCUGCGCCGCACGCUGGGCAGCAGCUCAGCGCCACGGCCCUCUGCCUGGCGGAUACCUAGCUCGGAGGAGCGCCUCGCCUCGGCAAGGUCCGAAGCGAGCGCCACGCGGGCUCACCCUGGGGACAGGCAGACAGCAGGCCGCCUGACGUCGUCGCUUGACAGGGGCGCGGUCGACGAGUCCGAGGCGCGGGCAGCCUGGUCUUUCGGUCUGAACCCUCGGCGACGGCGCGCAGUCUCGUGCGAGGUACUUCGCGCGCAGCUGCUGCAGACCAGAGACGAGGAAACUGCCCUCCGCCGACCAGGCUACACCAGGCUCUCGCCCCAGGACGACGCGCGCGCCGGCUCGUCUGGGGGUGCCGGAUGCGGCAGCCCGCUGGAUGACGCAGAGACGGACGAGGAGGGCGGGAGUGCGAAGGGAGAAGGCGCCUGUCUGGGCUCUGUCGCGGGGCCCUCAGGUCUCUCCUCGAGCCCGCCAUACCCGGCCGCUGCUGCGGCGCCACCGCCACCUUCCGAGCCCGGAUCCGGCUGUCCUGCGGCGCCCGUUUGCCAAGUGAGAGAGACUCGUUUACUCACACAGACAUUAGACGCGCUUCAGCUUCAGCUGCGAGAUCUGCUCUGUGCGCAUCUGCCGUCGCUUGCUGCAGUCCAUCCAGAAGGCGAACACGGCCAUAUGUGUUCCACGCCAAGCACCUCCUCACACGUGGUCGCGGCCCCGUCUCUCGGCUCUUGCUACGAUGUCGCUGCAGCGGCCUCGUCCGCGGCUGCCCGCCCGUCUCUAGAUUCCACUGUCCCUCAGGAUGCCUCUGCGGUUCCCUCGUGUGCCCAUGGCGCGGUGGUGCCGGUGCGCAGGGGCGACAUUGGCUCAAUCGUUGCGCACGCGCUCCUGAGUGUCUCUAUGCAAAGAGAAAUGGAGAUGUUCUGGUCAGCGUGGGGGAGCCGCGCGCGCGCCCGGCCGCGAUCGAACGAACCGCCACGUGGGCAGAAGCCAAGACGAGUCACCGCAGCCCUACAAGCGGGCUGCAGUCAAGCGCCGCUUCCUUGUCCGAGCGUAGGCGACCAGCCACAUCUGCCUAUUCGCUCGAGCUCUCCGCAGUUGUCGUCGAUUCCCUCGCCGCGCAGGCGCGAAAUGGCGACCAGCGACGCGCGGUGCGGAAAUGGCGCGAAGGGCCGCGGCUCAGGCACAGAAGAGGCCGCCGAAGAAAGUCGAAGAAGACUCCGGCUGCCAUGCUGUGAGGGCAGUUGUGACGCGUGUCGUCGGCGUCGCUCGGCCGUGGCAGGGCUGACUGAGGGCGGCGAGCUGUUUCCUUCGGGCUGCACUCGGCCGUGCCAGCAGGAGGAGAUGCGGGAGCGGGAGUGCGAGCGAGCCCGCGGAACUGACGGCGAAGACGAAGACGCUGCUGACCAGGAGGAAUGCGAGUGCUGCGCAGGGAGCUGCCCCGUUGGCCUGGCGCGGGUGAGACGCCUGCGGCGCAGCCAAGCGUCCACGGCGGCAGCGGGGGACAGUAGUACGCCCGCUUGGUGGCAAGGUGCAGCCUGCAGCUGCGCCCGAUGCGGAGCCCUGGAAGGUCUCCUUUCGGUAGCCGCGCUGGAGCCCGGGGGCCCUUUGUCGGGCACCCUCGGCGCGUCGGGGGAGCAGCCUCGUUUCGCGGGAGACACUGCGGCGGUCGCGUCCCGGGCCGAGACAACUCCGCAGCAGCAUGCCUGCGACGCAGGUACUCCACAGUGCAAAGCGCUGGCGACGGGACGAGCGCUGGCGGCGAACUCGAAGGAUAGGACAGGGUUCCUCGGGGUUCCCAGUGACCGCCAGACGGUCGCAAGCGGCCCGCAAGGUCCCCGCUACGCUGGAGAGGCACGACAGCACCACAAGGGCGGAGGGGCAGAUGCGUCGGAGAGCGCUUGCCAUACAUGCCUGCGGAAGUCUGCGUUAGCUCGACCCGCCAGAUUCUUGACGUCCUGCUUCCUCUCUCUACCGCCGCUUGCUCGGCGCGCGUGGCGCUUCGACGAUACCGCCGGGCCGCCCCCGCCAGUCUCUCGGCUUGUUUCUUGCCCGGCGUGCUCGCCUCCAGUCUCUUGGGCGUCCGCCGCACCCUGCUCGUCGUCCUCGUUGCUGUGUCCUGCGCCGGCUCCCGGGCUGGCGCCUGCAGGCGGCGAGGGGAUGGGGGCGCCUUGGUCGGACGGCGAAGAAGCGAGCGCAGAGGCGGGGCAGCGGAAGCACGCAAUGGCGGAGAAGCGAGACACCUUCUUAUUUCCCAGCCUGUUUGCCUCGGAAGUCCUCAGCGACGGAGGCGCGGCGGCGGCGGGCGGCGCGCCAGGCAGCGAAGCGGCGCAGACCACGCGGGCUCAGGGACUGUCGAUCCGCUGGAGGCCUCGCACGUGGUCCGUCAGCGGGGAGGCGGCGAUAGGGCUGGGGACGCAGGGGAAGAUGAGCGCGACUCAGGCCGCGGCGCCUGCCGAGGAGUUGCCUGCAUCGGCGGUGGCGUCUGCUUUUGGCGACAGCGCUCCAGUCUCUGGCUGUGGGGCCUCCUCACGGUCCUGCGCCCGUCCGCCAGCGGACAGCCCAGGUCGCGACGGGCGCCCAGCAGGGGCUGCAGUGGAGAGAGGUGCGCACGCACGGAUGGAGACGGGAAGUCACGAGCGCGUGUGCGCCAGGCCUGGAGCGUGCGCAAGAGGCAGCACACAUCGCGGAGGCCUGAGAAGCGAGGGCGCGCCUGCCUGUCCAUCCGAAACGCCGCUACGGGACGUGUCAAUGUAUACCCGAGCCGCAGGCGCCCUGGAGGCUGCGUGGGUACAUUUGCGGAACGCCAGCUUGAACUUCCCGCAUCCUGUCUCCGGCCUCAAAGAAGGGAGGCCCGCUGCGCCGUGUGCGCCCUCGCCCGCGACAGCUGCCGCUUUCACCUCGCCUCUGCCGGUCGCCUCGUCUUCGCGGUCGCGCUCGGGCUCCUCCUUCCGUCUGCCGUCUCGCCUUCGAGGCAGCCAGGAUAGCUGUGGGGUCGACGGCCGCGCGGGGCCUGAUCUCGACUGCAGCGUGGAGGGGGGCUGCGGUAGCCAGGACAGCGAGGAGUGCCAGCGAAGCGUGUCUGGUGAGGGUGAACAAGGUGGCAGGCGCAACGAGCCAUGCGUCGCAACGGACAGGCCGCGCAGACACCCUCUAGAGCUUCAUGCGCUCAGUGAACGUGCGGCAGCCAUUCACGAGCUUCGGCGGUACAUAGAACGGGCAAGCUGGGACGAAGGCGGGCGUCGAAAAGGGUCGCGCGAUGUCCAGGCGGAAGCGAGGGCAGUGGAAGGGCGGCGCCUGUCCUGUCUCUCCGAUCGGAGAAGCAGAUCUUCUGCUUCGAGCGGCGGGGAUUCGUUGCCAGCAUCGCGGCCGUCUCUAGGGGGCGGUGGAGCCUCAUUUACAUGGGGAGCAGAAGAACGCCGCGUCAUGAGGGAAGUCCUCACUGGCCCGAGGUGCCUGCGGGAAGAACCGACCUCAGGGAAGGGAGAAGACCGCAGAGAAAAGGAAAAGAGAACGAAGCUAUCGGCGUCAGGCGACGACGGCAUCCUACGCGGAGAGAAUGAACACAUCCACAUCCACGUCCAGAGCCGCAGGCGACGAGGCUCUGAAGAGGCGGGCGCACCAGCAGACGCGGACGACUUCGUCAACUGCCUUGUGACAGUCUACUACGCUGCUCGAUUCCACGUCAUGCGGCACAUGCUGUGCGGCGACGACAUGCGCUUCUGCUCCUCGCUGCGGGUCUCCGAGCCUGUGCGGCUUCGCGGGGGCAAGAGCGGCGCGAGGUUUUCGCUAACUGCCGACGGGCAAUACAUCAUCAAGCAGCUCAACAAGCACGAGAUGCGUCUGUUGCUGUCUCCAAAUGGAGGCCUUGCGUUUUUCCGCCACUUCGCCGACUCUCUUUUUGAACACGAGCCGACGCUGUUGACGGCGCUCUACGGUCUCUUUCAGCUGGAGUUUCUGGACAAGGCCUCAAGGCGCGAGGGGACCGCCAAGGUCUCGUACGUCGUCAUGGAGAAUCUGCGGCACGAGCACAACCGAGUCGAGGAGGAGUUCAUGUCGCACCUGUGCUUCGCGGCUUUGCAGGGGUCGCCGCUGUCCGGCCUUGUCUUCCUGUCUGCCUCUGAGUGCGGCUCGAGCGCUGACAGAUCCGCUGCACACCGGAUAGAGACAAACGCUAGCCCCGCGAAAGGCGAAGGUGGCACAGACGACGGCGACUCUGGCGACCGGACACGCCUUAACGGCGACGCCGACGCUUCGUCAAGUCGAAGCCCUGCUCGCCGUGGCCGCAGCGGCGCAAGCGGGAACGAGACGCCAGUUUCUGCGACGAGCUUGCUCGAUCUCUUUUCGUCUCUCUCCUCAACCUCCAGAGACCGGUCUCCGUCCGCGUCGGCAGCGUCUCGAUUUCUUUUGUUCGACCUGAAGGGCGUCGGUACUCACCGCUACGUCCGCGUGGAGGGGGCUCGCCUCGAAGCGGAGAUGGGGACUCUCGCGCCGCCGGGGGAUCCUGCUGAAGCGCAGAAAGCCAAACGCCGGCGACGCAUAGAAAAGAAAAGACAAAAGGUGGAGGACGCCGCUGUUGAGAGCUACGUCCAUAGCGGCGAGCCAGGCCUUAGCGAGCUUCUCGCUACGCGCGAACACGCGCAAGAGGCCGAGGGGACUAAAGCUGAUAAUGAGAAUGCGCGAGUUGCCCGGGGCACUGCGGACAAGGCAGCCAUCCAAACGAGGGAAACUCAGACUCUGGGCUUCGGACUGGACGAGCUGAAUGCCGGCGAAGGCGGACCCGAAGAAACGUCGAUCGGGUACGAUCACGCAGACCGCGAGGCAGAAGCGGGCGGAGUCGAUCACACGGAAGAGGGGACAGGGAAGGCCACGGAAGGAACGAGGGCGGACUCGGCUGCGCGGGGCGACGGGGCGCACGAGGCAAAUUCAUCCGCCCAAAAUCGCAUGCACCAGAGGAACGAUACCACACGCGAACGAGAUCGUGAGGAGGGGGGGAGUGUGGGAGGAGAUGCCGACGACGAGGGGGUCGUUGAGCAGACGGAUGAAGGCUUCAAGACUUCAGCUGACGGCACAAGAAAGCGUACGGGAGACUCGGGCCACGCAGAGGGAACCGGGCGCGUUGUUGUGACCGUGGAUAACGAGGCGCCCGCAGCUAGCCCCCGCCUGCCCGCAGCCGGACAGGCGGGAGCGAGAGACGUGUCGCCCGCAUAUUUGCGGCGCGCUGAGACAAAUGCAUUGCACCCUCCCGAGACUGUCAAUACGUUCGAACUUUCGCCUACCUUCGCGCUUCCGCCUCCCCUCUCGACGGCCUCUCUUUCAGCUGCUGGGUCACGCCUCUCUCAGCCGGCCGGGUGGCAUGUGCUUCGACCUUGCGAGUCCCGCGGGCUCGCUGUCGCCGCCUCUGAGUCGCCGUUUUUCUCCUUCCCCGCUCUGACCGCUUCGGCGUCGUCUGAAGCGCCUGCGCUCUCCGUUCUGUGGGACCAGAAUUUUCGCGAAUUUUCCGGCGGCUUUCCGCUGUGUCUAUGCGGGCCCGACCACGCGUGGCUCUGGCGAGCGCUUCAGCGGGACACGCAGCUGCUCGAGCGUCUGGAGGUCGUGGACUACUCGCUGCUGGUGCUGGUGGAACAGCGCGGGAGGAUGCGGCGCCUUUCCGUCGGGCUCAUUGACAUUUUCAGGCCCUACACCUGGGACAAGCAAGUGGAAACGAUCGGCAAAUCGCUCGCGUACAUGACCAGAGGCCUCGGGCAACAGCCCACUGUGCUCUCCCCGCCUCAGUAUCGGCUUCGCUUUCUCCACACGAUGGCAGCCUUCUUCGGCCCCGCACACCCGUCGGACCUCAGUCAUGUUUUCUCAUCUCUGCUGCGAAUGGCCCUGUUGAGUCCUCCGCCUGAAGCCGCUUCGGCGACCAGACACUGCACGUGUGAAGACCUGCACGUGGGAAGGGCAGAAUACAAACAGCAGAGUGAUGACGCCACGCAAGCAGGGGAUAAAGAGUGCGAGAGAGACCUGAAACGAUCCUACGGUACUGCUGACUCCCACUCUGUUGAUCCUGCCGCAAUGCCAUUUACGGACAGUGAGCCUUGCGAUCCCACCCCCCGUCCUGAGUCUUCUAAAUCUGCGCUCUCCACGGACGCGUCGGCGUCACAAAGCAGAGAGGCGGGGAAGUCAUUGCAUGCGGUGGAUAUCCAGGAGAACGAGCUCUCAGAGGAGGUACCCGGGGGCGGCGCGCAUGGAAACCCCGAGGAUCCGAAGGAGUACAGAGCGUGCAAGUUUGGCGCAGAGAGCUGUGGAAGGAGGCAUAACGAACGAAUGAGCAAAAAUGAGGAAGAGAGGAGGAAGUGCCAAGCGUCGAACCGGGUGCGAGCUGCCACGGAGGCUGUGCGGUCUUCUGCGAGCACGUCGUUCCUUCUUUUCCGUAUUCGUGAUCAACAGAGGAAAGACCGGGGCGAAUACGAGUAUCUAUAG